AGGUAGUUUUAUUCCCUUCUUAUGCGCUGGGUUUCUUAUUUUAACACAACGCAGUCUGAAAAUCUGGUUAGUGUUGAAUAUUGUUUCGGCGGUAAAGCUGUGUGUGCUCUUAAAUCUUUACCGGUCGACAACGUUGAUUCUGCUUAUGAGCUUGUGACUUCACAGGUGGUGGAGGCGGCGUCAGCUGCGCAGCUGCGGCAGUGGGCGCGGGACGGAGUGAGCAGCAAGUUGCAGCGGGCCGUGCUGGCGGGGCAGGGCCGGCGGCUGCUGCAGCAGGCGCUGCCGCUGUCCAGCCACCUGCCCGCGCUCGUCGCCAAGUGUGAGGCGCUGCAUAAAGCAGUGGAGAAGGGAUCGCUGCUCGAGCUUCAGGAGCUACUAAAUUCAGACUACAACCGUAAGAAAUACGUGAUGUGCCGCGACGAAGCCGGCGUGGGCUUACUGCACAAAGCAAUAUACUACGGCUUCAUUGACAUCGCCACAUACCUCGUCAAGAAUUACCCGGAGUUAGUGCAUCAGAGAGAUUCUGAGGGCCGCACGCCGCUGCACUACGCGGCAGCGUGUCGCGACGAGGCUGUGGCGGCGGCGCUGCUGGAGGGCGCGGGCGCGGCGCGGGGCGCGCGGGACGCGGCCGGCCGCACGCCCGCACACUACCGCGGCCCCGCCCGCACUCUGCUCGCGCUGCCCGCCUCGGAGGACAUGCCGCCUGACCCAGCAAAGAACCCGCCAGGUUUGGUGAUAAAGCGGCACAAUAUCCGGAUAUGGUGCCAUGACUGUGACAUGGCCAAGCUGCAGCGCGUCGUGUGGGAGGGGCACGGCGCGCGGCUGCUCAGCGAGGUUUCCAACCAGCCCGUCGUCAAGAAGUUCCUCGAGGCGGUGCCCUACAUCAUGAACACAAUCCGCGACAUCCACAACGCAGUGGUGCAGAACGAUCUGGAAGGUCUCAUCAAGCUGUCGGGGGAACCUGUGCCGGCGCAGAUCCUCUCCAGUAGAGACGGGAACAACAUGACUGUCACGCACAAGGCUGCCGGCUUAGGACACGGAGGCAUACUCCGCUACAUCGCAGACAGGUAUCCUCAUGGCAUCAACGACGUGGACAACGACGGCCGCACUCCACUCCACUAUGCUGCAGUAGUAAGGGACGACCAGCACAUGUACAAUACUCUAGUCACCCUCGGAGCUGAUGAGGGAGCCGUUGACAACAAAAAUAGAACUCCGGGCUAUUACGUCAAUAGACCUCAAGAAAUUGAUAAAAGUGUAUUCAGUACGCUACCUGAUGCGCCCAGGACCCCAUCCAGUGCCUAUCCAGCUUCUUGGGACUGGAAACUACUGGAUGCCGAACCUAUAGUGGAACAUACUAAGAAACCUAGGAAGAAGAAUUUUAAAGCAUCAAGUGAAAAUAUCUCGUCAAAAAAUAACUCAAAUAGUAUUUCUGAAAAUAUAAGCACUCGCAGAGGCAUGAAAAACAGUAGCACGCAAGAGUUAAUAAAAACUUUACCCGAGUUAGAUGAUAAAAGGCACAAUGGCAACCAUUAUUCUAAUAAGGAUACUGAAGUAGAUGAAGAAAAUGAUAUAGAGAAAGGUGACGUACAGAAGGCAGAUGACCAUGAAGAACACGUUGAAGAAACAACCGAGAAUGAAGAAGACAAUACUGAAAACACUGAAGACGUAGAAGACACAAAACAAGAAGAGGAUGGUGAUAAAGAGGGCGUUGAACACGACGAUGACGACAUACACAAUGAAUCAGAAACUAAUGAUGAAGAGAACGAAGAGCAUAAAACUAUUGAACCAGAUACUGAACAAUCACCUGAGGAUAAUCAAGUAGAGACCGAAGAUGAUGAAAAACAUGAUGAUCCCAAAGAAGACAUUUCUAAUGAGCAUGAGAAAGACGACGAAGAUUCUAUACCAGAUAAUGAAAGCGAUGGUCACAACGAUCAUCAUGACACAAAUGAAGAAGCUGGCAAUGACAGUCACGAUGAAGAUUCUACAGACGGACACGAAAACAAAAACGAAGAAGAUGAAAGUGGCGUCGCGACGACUGAAGGUAAUAUUAAUCACGAACACAACGAAGAUGACGAUGACGUACAAGUACCAGGAGAUUCUCAUUCCGAAUAUAGCGAUAUCCAUCAGCGAAGCACCGCAGAAGCUAUUGACACAGCAAGUGCCAAGAGAGGAAACGAGACCGACGGCCGAAAUACGCAGGAAAGUUUGAUAGAAGGGAUUAUAAGUGGGGAAGCUGAACAGGAUUCAGAAGAUGCAAGUAUCAGUCAAAGAGACGAAACAGUUCAAGGAGAAAUACUUGUCGUUGAUAGUGAAAUAGAUCCCGAAGUAGCGGAAUUAAUAAGUUCUGCAAACAUGGAAAUGUUAGCGACAUUAGUUUUAAAUGGUGAAGGAUCAAGAUUAGUUGGCAGAAGGGCAGCCAACGCCGAGUUGCAAUCAUUUCUAGACAACGUACCAACUUACAUGCAAAAAAUAAACAAAGUUCAUCUAGCGGCAAGGGAGGGAAAUAUAAGAGAUCUUCAGGCUGCUUUAGAUCGGCGGAAAUUCGCAAUUGCUCGCGAUCCAAUUUCGCCAAAUGGUGCCACACCGCUACACAUAGCAACAGUAUUUGGAAAGACAAAUAUUAUGAAAUAUCUGGGAGGAAGAUUUCCGGAAACAUUAUCUGCCGUGGACUUCGAAGGGCGUACAGCUUUACAUUAUGCUGCUGUUCUCCCAGAUAAUGGACACUACUACAAUUUAUUACAGCAGCUUGGUGCCAAUUCUAAAGAUUUAGAUGACAACGGCCGAUCAGCAGAAGACUACUUUAAAGAUCCUAGUUUAUUGCCGUACAGUCAACUAUUAUCAGACUUCGGUAUAGAUGAAGAGGCAGCACAAAGCAUAUUAUCAGAUAAAGGUACCAGUGACGAAACUAAUGGUCACAUGGACAUUCCCAUCUUUAAAACCGACGAGGGCAGAUACCUCGCGAAGUCUCUCGGCGACCCUUUGAUCAAAGGUUUGACCGAGGUGGCUAACGUCAAGCCUAAGGAUCCAGUCGCAUUUCUCGCCAGCUUCCUGCAAAACUUCCCUGACCAUGAGAAACCUCGAUUAGGUACGCAGGAGUCGAAUGUGGUAGUGACAAGAGAAGCGGGCGAGGUGGAGAACGACCACCCGCCCCCGGAGCCACCACUGGCAUCAAAACCGGCCGAGCUGUCAAAAGCCGUGAGAAGCGCGGCGCGUACCUCCACGCGCCCGCACCGGCCUAUUGACGUUAUUGCCGUCGACCCGCAGCCUGAAGCCAGCCCUGACGCCCCCGAAGCAGCUUUCAGCAGUAUCAAUAGAGAUGAGCACGGCCAAUCGAUGCUGCACUUCGCGGCAGCGCGGACCCACACCCGCAACGCCCUAUUCCAACUACUGCAAGAGUCUGACAUAAGUCUUGGAUACCGUGACGAGCUGUACAGGACCGCCCAUGACGUCUCCAUACAGGCAAAUGUUUUGGAAAACACGGCUGAGAUCGAUAGAUGGGUCCUGCACCUGGCUGCAAGAGGAAACACAGAGAAGAUAAUGCAGUUGCUUCUGGAAGGAUACGACCACAUACUGGAUGUUGUGGACGAGGACGGAGCGGCAAUAACUGACGUCAUCGCGCAGCGAGGCGACAACGAUAUGACCAACCUGCUGGCUUCGAUACCGGCUUUCGAGGAACAGAGGGAAGCCCUACACGGCGCGAUAAGGAGAGGAGACCUCAAGGCAGUCCAAGAGGCGAUUUCCGCGGAAGGCGGCCGCACUCUCGCUCGUGGCAUGAACGCAUUCGGCCGGACCGCGCUUCACGUCGCCGUGCUGGCGCAACACGAGGAGAUUGUCGCGGACUUGGCGCAAACCUGUCCAGAACUUUUGCGUAUAGGAGACAAUUUGGAACGCACGCCUCUGCACUACGCGAUGGGAGUGGAAAAAAUGGAAUCACUUAGUAGAAUUCUGAUCAGGUCAGGAGCUAAGCGGGUGCUAAAGGACCUCAAAGGACGACAACCAUCAUACUACUUCAUGAACAAAUCUGACAUACUCCGCUUGAAGGAAGAAGAGGAAGUGUACUGAAUGAUCGUGAAACAAAGUUGGAACAUAAUUCCUAGUCACACGACAAAUACGUUUGGUAGGUAGUUAGUGAUUGCUACGACAAUAUUGACGAUUUCCGUCCAAGAUUUCUCCCCCUCUGUUAAUGACGAAAGCAAAUUAGACUGCAUAGCGAGUAGACAACAGUGGUACAAAAAAUAUACGUAGACUAAUUCAUUUAAAUGGCUGUGGCUUGGAGAUAUACGGACAAGUAUUUCCUAAUAAGUAAUGAGAUUAGUGGUUCGAAAAUUGGGUUUGUAGGCGGGCUGAUAUGUGGAAGGUACUUAAGUAUCUAAGUUGCUUAUUUAUAACGCACUUUUGCAACCUGCAAUAUUUUCUUUCCUUUAAUUUCUAGUUAAGAUAGAAUGUGUGCCGAAUGUUGUAGAUUUGAAAUUUUCUAUGGUAUUUGUUCAACACGAAUUUGUACUUGAAGGGGACCCUGUUGAUAUCUUAAAAAUU